AUGACGGAGUCCGCUGAGGAACAGGAGACUUGCGAGCACAGCCAACGCCAUGACCUAGCAGCUACCGGAGCGUACAGUGCACAAGAAAAAGUGAUCACGUCAAGUGUGGAUAUUUCUUACCUGCGCUCCCGGGAAUUCGCCUGCAAGUGUAUCGAAAUAUCGUUGGCCCUCGCACUCCUGAUCCUAACUUUGGCAAGUGGAACGACGGCCGGACCCAAGAUUCUUCAUGAGGGAUGUAUCAUGAUGGCGCUCACGUUUACACCUGCGAUCGUGGUAUGCAGAGCAUUUUUCCCCAUUUCAUUGGCGAACGCUGGAGGCGACCUUAAGUGGCUGGAGGUAACACUCAACGGAAUUGUGGCUAUUUAUUUCGUACUUGAUUUCGUACUUGAUUACAUCUUCGACCUGACGAUACCUCUUGACUAUGCAGGUUACCUGUCUCGCUGGGUGUCGUGGUCGGGACCACCUGCUGGCCUGUCCCAGCCGACGUCCCCUAAGGCGUCCCCAAGAGGAUCUCCCCGCGGCACGCCCCUGGACGGGGCAGGACCGCUGCCCAUCUCCCCCCAGCCUCCCCGUCCAUUCCAGGCCAGAUCUCGUACGUCCUCCAAGGCCUCCAACAUGUCGGAGGCCACACCUGCCGUCUACCCGCUAGUGCCCAAGUUGCCAGUACCUGCCCUGGGCCACACGCUCACGUGGUACCUGAAGCACCUGCAGUGCGUGCUCACUGAGCAGCAGCACCGCGAGGUCGAGGUCAUCGUGAAUGAGUUCGGCAAGCCGGGGGGACUCGGCGAAAAGCUUCAAGAAGAGCUCAUCAAACGGCACGACACAAUGGAUAACUGGAUGUACGAGUGGUGGCUGGACGACAUGUACAUGAGUGUACCGCUGGCGCUGCCGGUGAACAGCAGCCCUGGGAUGGUGUUCCCGCUGCAGCACUUCCAGUCGCCGGCUGACAUGACGCUCUUCGCGGCCCGGCUGGUGACGGCUGCGCUGGAAAUGAAGGAGCGCAUCUACAUUGGUGACCUGGACGUGGACCGCUGCUCGGCGCGUGAGCGGCACCAGCCGAUGUGCAUGCAGCAGUACUCGCGGGUCUUCACUUCUCAUCGCCGACCUGGCAUUCCCCGGGACAAACUUAUCUCCUACGCCGAUGUGUCCCUCGCCAACCAACACAUCGUUGUCUUCAUGAGGAAUCACAUGUUUCGCAUAGACGUGGUGGUGGCAGGGGUGCUCAUGACAACUGAGGAUCUGCAGAAGCAGCUGCAGCUGCUGAUGCAGGAGGUCGAGGAGUACGAAGGGCCUGAUCCUCCGGCCAUAGGCAUCAUGACCGCAGACAACCGACGCACCUGGGCUCAAAACAGACAAAUUCUUGUCAGCGAUCCGAGCAACCUGAGUAACCUGAAGGUGCUGGAAAGCAGUACGUUGGUGCUGAGCAUAGACGAGCCCCUGUCGUCUCGCUUCAACCUGACGACGCGCACGAGCCACAAGGCGACGCUUUCGAAGCGCCAGAGCAGCUUCACUGCAGGCGCUCAGCCGCCCCAGCUGGAGAAAACUAUGGAGUCUCUGAGGGAUGAAGUAAACGCAGGCCAUCAGAUGCUGCACGGAGGAGGAUCCCUCCACAAUUCCGGCAACAGGUGGUUUGAUAAAACCAUUCAGUUCGUGGUGACCCAAGACGGAUGGUGCGGGCUUUGUUACGAACAUUCGCCAGCUGAGGGCAUCGUCGUGAUCCAGCUGGUGGAGCAGGUGCUGCACCAGCUCAGUGAGGCGUCGGAGACUACGCCUCUCGAGGCCAUCGCUGACGAAGCCGAGGCCAAGGCUCCGGAGACAACGGCGGCGUUAGAGGACCGUCAGCUGAAGAAGCUCGAGUGGAAGGUCACGCCAGUUAUCACACGUCGCAUUGAAGAGGCGGCGGCCAAUGUUGACAGGUUGGUGGAGGACCUGGACUUUAGGAUACUGCGCUACACUGGCUUCGGUCGCAAUUAUAUGAAGAAGAACAAAUGUUCUCCCGAUGCCUUCAUACAGCUUGCCCUCCAGCUCGCUUACUUCAGGACGCAGAGUCAUCUUACGAGCACCUACGAGUCGGCGAGCAUCCGUCGUUUCCGUCACGGACGCGUGGACGUCAUCCGCGCCAACACUCCUGAGGCGCUCGUCUGUUUUAAAAUUUAUAAACUGCAUCGUGAUGGUCACGGUUUUUCCACGCAGGCAUCGGACCGCUUGGCCAAGUUCAAAACAGCCCUCGAGAUCCAGACGGAAAUUAUGGUGAACAAUAUCCUGGGUCGGGGAAUUGAUAAUCACCUUCUGGGCCUUAGAGAAGUCGCCAAGGAAAUGAGUCUUCCAACUCCUGAGAUAUUCAGUCAUUCCUCGUACCAAGUUGCCAACCAUUUCAGGCUCUCCACUAGCCAGGUGCCCACACUGUCGGACUCGUGGAUGGGGUACGGUCCAGUCUGUCCUGACGGCUACGGCGCCUCGUACAACCCUCAUCCCGAGACCAUCGUCUUCUGCCUCUCAGCCUUCAAUUCCUGCGAGAGCACCUCGACCCUGGACUUUGGGCGUAGCCUCGAGAGGGCUCUUGAUGACAUGAAGACGCUCCUCGACUCCCGCAGCAACUAAUUUGUUUACUGCACCACCUACCACGAGUAAGGAUCUCCAUUUUUAUUAAUUAUGCUUCAGUUGUUAACCGCCGAGACCGAUACGAAGAAUGAACCAGCCAUAUCCCGGUUCGUUCAUUUUUGGAUUACUUUUUAUAGCGAUGGAGCGUCUAUGACUCGGAAUUAUGAAAGAUGGAAAUUUUAAUUAAUUUUUAGAUUCACUCAUAACAUCCAGUUUGAGUAGUCACGAGAUUUCAUAAAAAUUGCUGAAUACUAAAUUAAUACGUACAUCAGCACCCCUUAAUUAGGGAAAGUAAUUGUCCCAAGACGGCCAUGAACACAAACGCUAUCUUCAGGCGACCUAUCUUCAACUUCCAAAAUUAGGGGAGCCGUGGGAAAAACUUGUGAGGUACGGUUAUGAAAUUGCGUGCCGAAUGGAAUGAUGUAAGAAUAUAAUGAAACGAUAUGAUAUUUAAUAAGGGAAGAGGUAUUCAAUGUUACUGAGACUGCAAUAAAACAUUGUGACAUGCCAUGAAGAAUAAGGCGAGAAAAGGAAGUGGUGUGGCCUGUGCCAUGCGGUGGCGAUAUGCGAGCGAACAUGACUUGGUGAACAAAAGUAUAGAAAACAAAGAAAAAAUAUCAUUCCCAAUGAUAUUGUUUCGUGGAUAAAAAUUCUCAGAAUAUUAUUUGUAUGUUUUACUUGAUUUAAUAAAAACACAUCGGUUCACCAGGAAAAUAUAAUGCACAUUUCGAUACAAAUUCUUCCAUCUUAUAAGAAUUUGGCUGCUGCCUAGCCAAUGCCUCGCAGUACAAAAAAGGAAUUUAUCUCGUGAACGAAAAUAAAAAAUUAUUGUUAAUAAUUUAACUUUUAGUAAUCACGAAUUGACAUCUGGCUGAAUUGCCUUAAAAAAGCGAGGCUUAAAUCAAAGAACGGCAAAUGCUAGGUAAAUAAAACAGGCAAUUAAGAGAACUUGCAGGAAAUUUUUCAUCAACGUAUUCAUUUCAUGGCUGACCGAAUGUUCGCCGACUAAAAUUUCAUAGGAAAAAUAUGCGUAAUAAUGAGCCUAAGUAGCAGCACUAAAUAGAGAGUAAUGCCUUGAAAGUUGAGAACUGCCCCGGCAGUCGCUACGCAGUUAUUAUAGCUUUAAUUAUGCACAUGAAUUUGAAUUGUAGCUGCAAUUAUCUAGAUAAUCCGUUGUCCUCACAUUUGAUGUCCCUUAUUGACUAGCAUGGUUAACCUUUCAACGCCCAAGCGUGGGAAUACAUUGGCAAUGUUAACAUCAACUUAUAAAAUUCACUUGACAACUCAUUUUGACCGCGUUACAACUGAACAAGUUCCAAAUGUAUGACGGAGGCUGUACAGCGGCCGAGACAGAGCACUGAAUGUAUACAAGUAUAACGUCAUGUGUGCAGAACGCAACGCAAGCAUGACGUCAUGUGUGCUGAACGCAACACAAGCAUGACGUCAUGUGUGCUGAACGCAACAAAAGCAUGACGUCUUAUGUCAUGAUGUUCCUUUGUGCUGAACAUUUACAAAAGUCGUGUUAAAUGCGCUAAUUCUGAACGUCGUGAACAAAUAUAUUGAUCUUAACUAUACCGAACGUCCAACACCCGUAACGCAGUCGCUGACGCGUCUUCUCUGUGUUAGAUCUGUAAAAAAUUUUAUGCUGUUCUCUUUAAUCUAUAGCUUUAUUGAAUGUUUAAUUGUUGUUGUUGAGAGGUUAUUGUUGUUCUAUAUGGAUAUUUGGGAGUGUAUUGAAGUAAGCGUAUUUCUCUAUUUAAUGAAUCGAUGCUGUACUGUUUCCGAGAAGAAUAUUCUAUCGUUGUUAUGUGUUUGAGAAAAUCGCCUUCUUCAUUCCAAUAGAAUUAUUACAAAUGCAAUAAAUUGAGAAGGUAAAAAUGUUUCUGGAUAAUUAUCUAUAUUUAAACUAAAAAUUUAUUGGGAUGUUGCCGUUAACAUUCAGUUAUAAUUUAAGUGCAUCAACAGAGCAAUAACAUUACAAACAAUAUAUAUUAUCAAACGGUGAUGUAUGAUGCCGCAACAUGAAGCGAUAAUGACGUUUCAAUCACUAAAGUGUAAGUUACUGUUACUAUUUAUAAGAUUUAUUUAGAAUAAACUAGCAGCUGCUUCUAAUUAGUACUUUUCAGUUCCAUUUGUUAGUGUUAUGCAAUAGACAUUCACUCGAGAAAUUCUGCGGUUAAAAAUAAAGUUUGGCAAGUUCGUCUGUCGGGUUGACUAAGAAGUAUAAAAGUUAGUUAAAUAUUAAAUUAAUGUUCGAAACCGACAAGAAGCGACUGAAUCCCUUAGAAAUGUUUAAUCCAAGAGAACUGACAAAUCAAACCCCGGAAUCGCGCACUUAUGCUUGAAGUAAUUCACCUAAUACACCUAAACUUCAAUGUACUGAUUUAUCAUUCGGUAGUUUAUGCGUUAGUGUAAUUUUUCUCAGUUAAAUAAAAUCAUUCAUAUAUGCUAACGUUGAUCUUAAAUCCAUAACAAAUUAGAAUAGAUAAUUCAUGAACGAAACUACGAUUAAAACUCACAUAUGAAUUUAUCAAUGUAUUCAUUUUCAAACUCGAGAUUUGUAUAAAAAAACACACGUUAUACUCGUGUAGAAGCAAUACUAAGCAAGAAAUACAAAUUCUUUAGAAAAUUUCCUGUUAAUGCUUGAGCUCGUUGCGCUGCAUAGAGCGCUGCAAUUUCCUUUCCUAACGUUGACGUGCCACGUAUUAGCCAACUGAGAAGUUUGAAUCCUAUGCACUAGAGCAGAUAACAUUUGAUGUUGACCAUUAUUA